AUGUCCAAGUCGACGACGUCAACUCCUCCUUCGGUGCAGGAAGUUGAAUUGGUGGACUUCGAGCCGCCUGCCAGCUUCACUGACACGUACUUCUUCCCCGCUUUCGCACAGCUGCAGUCUGAGUACCAUCUGGGCCAGCCUAUCUAUGAGGAAGGGGAGACAUGGUGCCUCCUGGCCGAGAUUGAUGCGGCUUCUACGUCGGCAGGGAAUCCGUUUUGCCUCGUUUGUCAUGAUAGGAACGGCGACAACUUCAUUGUCGGCUUUGACCUGAGCAAAGGCUUGCGGUUCACGCCGAGUCAGUUCAAGGUCGGGUACACGAUCGCUAUUGUGUACGCCAAGAGAGUGAAUUUUGUGGAUGGGACCAAGGGUAUUCGUGUCGCCGAUCUGGCGAUUUGUCAUGCAUUCCCGCACAAACUUGAGCGUCUCCUGGAGAUGAACAAGACACUAUGUGACUAUUGGGAGACACUGGAUGAAGAGGGCCGGACGAGGGUGUGUUUCGGAUGUAACGAGGAAAAGCGAGAUCUGAAGGAAUGCCCCGAUUGUCCGUGGUAUUAUUACUGCAACAAGGGUUGUCAAAAGCUUGGAGAGGAUCGCAAUAGACAUAGCCGAGACUGUGAGAUUUUAAGGGACCGCAACUUCUCGACGCUGUUGAAGAUCAACACAAGGGAGGCCACAGAUGAGUCAAGAUUUGAAUUCCUAAGAUAA